CCCUCCUUCAGUCUGGCGGGGUGUGAGCGGCCUGCGGUGAUCAGUCCUGGUGUUGAUGGAUCCAGGAACCUUCUGAACUCUGGAGAAAACCUCCGGGAAGCUCCACUAGAACAUCUGCUCCCCCCUCAGAAGACCGUCUGACAGCAGCCAUGGCAGAGACCGGAGAUCAACCCCAGGACGAUCCCAGCGGGGAUCAGCUCCUCAGAUAUUCCUGUGAAAUCACGGUGGAUCCGAACACAGCGCACCCACAGGUGUUCCUGUCGGAGGGAAACAGGAAGGCCUCGGCGUGGCACGCAGACCAGGGCUACUGCAGCCACCCGGACCGCUUCACCGACUGGUUCCAGGUCCUGGGCGCAGAGAGCCUGACCGGACGCUGCUACUGGGAGGUGGAGUGGACGGGGAGGGGAGUUUACGUCGCCGUCGCCUACAAAGACGUGAGCAGAGCGGGCAGCGAAGACCGCCUCGUGUUCGGCUACAACGGCAAGUCCUGGGCCUUACGCUGCGUGGCGGACGGGUACCGGUUCUACCACAACCAGGUCCAGACCGCCGUGUCGGGGCCUCAGUCCCAUCGGGUCGGGGUGUACCUGGACCACGGCGCCGGCGUCCUGUCUUUCUACAGCGUGACGGACAGCAGGACCCUCCUCCACAGGGUCCAGGCCUCCUUCACUCAGCCGCUCCACGCUGGACUGUGUCUUCGAGGUCCUAAAGUUACUGCUAGAUUCAUCACACCUGAGUAGAGGUCCUCCUGGAAAGCUUAAGACAGAUCAUUAAAAAGAAAUCCUGAGGUUCACGUGCUCACUGAUGUCGUUUA